GGGAGACGGAGGAGGGGGAAGAGAUAUAGGUGGAGGAGGAAAAGCGGGAGGAGCAUGAGGACGAGCGGGAGGAGCGGGAGGAGGAACGGGGGAAAGAGCAAGCAGCUGCGGGACAAGGAGAAGCAACAGGAGGGAGCGCGGGAGAAGGAGAAGGAGGAGGAAAGGGAGGAGCAACAAGAGAACGAGCGGGAGCGGGGCUAUGGCGGGAUGUUUGUCACGUUGUUUGGCGCAGGAGGAGAAGGAGGAGGAGGAGGAGCGGGAGAAGGAGCGGGAGGAGGAGCGGGAGGAGGAGCGGGAGGAGGCGUGGAAGAAGGAGCGAGGAAGGAGCUGGAGCGAGGCUAUGGCGCGGGAAGAGGAGCGGGAGGAGGGGGAGGACGAACUGGGGGAAAAGCAAAAGAAGCAGCGGAAGGAGGACGAGCAGCAGGAGGAGCGGGAGGAAAAGCAAGAGAGGGAGCGGGAGAAGGAGAGGGAGGAGGAGAGGGAGGAGGAGUGGGAGAAGGAGCGGGAGCGGGGCUAUGGCGGGAUCUUCGUCACGUUGUUUGGCGGAGGAGGAGCAGGAGGAGGAGGGACUGGGAGGAGCGGGAGGAGGAGUGGGAGAAGGAGAAGGAGAAGAAGAGGAAUGGGAUUCGGGAUGGGGUGGGAGAGCGAGAGAAGGACGAGCGGGAGAAGGAGCGGGAGGAGGAAACGGGGGAAAGAGCAGGGGAAGCAGUGGGAGAAGGAGAAGCAACAGGAGGGAGAGUGGGAGAAGAAGGAGCGGCAUGGGAAACAGGGAGGGGAUUAGGAGCGGGAGAAGGAGCACGAGAAGAAACGGGAAGGGGCGGAGGAGGCGCGGGAGGACGGGCGGUAGGACGAGCGGUGAGCGGGAGGGGAAACGGGGAGGGGGUUAACGAACGCGCGGGAGACGGAAGAGGGGGAAGAGAUAUAGGUGGAGGAGGAGAAGCGGGAGGAGCACGAGGACGAGCGGGAGGAGCGGGAGGAGGAACGGGGGAAAGAGCAAGCAGCUGCGGGACAAGGAGAAGCAACAGGAGGGAGAAGGAGAAGGAGGAGGAGAGGGAGGAGCAACAGGAGAACGAGCGGGAGCGGGGCUAUGGCGGGAUGUUUGUCACGUUGUUUGGCGGAGGAGGAGAAGGAGGAGGAGGAGGAGCGGGAGAAGGAGCGGGAGGAGGAGCGGGAGAAGGAGCGGGAGGAGGCGUGGAAAAAGGAGCGGGGAAGGAGAUGGAGCGAGGCUAUGGCGCGGGAAGAGGGGUGGGAGGAGGGGGAGGACGAACUGGGGGAAAAGCAAAAGAAGCAGCGGAAGGAGGACGAGCAGCAGGAGGAGCGGGAGGAAAAGCAAAACAGGGAGCGGGAGAAGGAGAGGGAGGACGAGAGGGAGGAGGAGCGGGAGAAGGAGCGGGAGCGGGGCUAUGGCGGGAUCUUCGUCACGUUGUUUGGCGGAGGAGGAGCAGGAGGAGGAGGAAAUGGGAGGAGCGGGAGGAGGAGCGGGAGGAGGAGUGGGAGAAGGAGGGGGAGAAGGAGAGGGAGGGGAUUCGGAAUGGGGUUGCAUCUCACAGCCCCUUGCUCCAUACUAAACUGUUUAUGAAAUGGAAAUUUGAAUUUUGAUAAAAAAAUAAAUAAAAAAACUUGAGCACAUCCCAAAAAAACAAACAAACAACCAAACAAACAAACAAACAAACAAGCAAAACUCGA